UUUUGACGUUUGCGAAAUGGGCUGACGGUAAUGUAGGGCCCAGUUUUGUUAGCAAAACAUUUCCCUGUUUAUAAAAGGCCCAGUUAUGAAAUGGCGGAUGGAUAGCAUUGUAUUGUCAAAUAAAGUUGUGAAUUAAAAUUUAUUUAAAACAACAAAUAAAUUUCGGGUCUAAUGCCUCGUUAUAUCAUGAAACGCAAUUUAUCGAUUUCAUUAACGUGUAAAAUAUUUAAUGGCAAAUUUAACAUGGGGUGAACUAUUGACUAAUUUGUUUCAAAGCUUUGUUGUGUGUAUAAAUUCUCAUCUAAAAAACUAAAAACAAAACGGGUUAAUGCUCUCGAUUUAUUUACGUAAUGGAAAUAGACGUUACUCCAGAUGGUGACUCGGAGAAAAGUGGAUGUAAUUCAAGUCAUGAAGAUGAAGUUGUUGAUAGUUCUAGUGCCAAUUCUCAAAAUGUAAGCAAUAUAAAUCUCAGUAAUAUAACUAGUAACAAGGAGCAUGACAGAGCUAGUGGCAACAAUAAGAAAAACAUCAAACAUGCACUACGACAACAAGCUAAACGUAGACGAAAAAAUACAACAAUCGCUUCUGGCAUUUCCAACUCUUUACCCCGAAUAAUUGUUAAGCCUCUACCUCCUCAAGUAGUUGAAGAACCAACUACAACCAUAGUGCCUACGAGUCGAACACCAACUAUGAGAGAAGUUCUUGCUUCUAUACCUGGAUUCAACAUGAAACCUAGAAAACGUACUAACAAAAAACUCUCAACUGCUGCACAACUAGAACAAACAAAAGAGGGUUGCAUUGAUCUGGAGACCCCAGAUUCUAUAUUGGUGAACACUAACCUACGUCAUCUUCUCAAUAAGGCUACCUUUGCAGCAUUACCUUUAUUGUACCAAAAUAAACUGGUGCAGUUGUUACCCAGUGUUGACAGGCAUAUAGCAAGUAAUUCAGCAGAUCCCAAUGCCAUAGAGAUCAACUCAGGCUUGAACAAUGAGUUUUUUGCUAGAGCGUGCUUGGAGUGGCAGGAUAGGCUUGCAGAGGGAGAGUUUACACCUGAAAAUCAACAGAAAUUGAAAUUGGAAGCAGAUAAGGAAAGGAAUAAAGUGGAUCCUUGGAAGAUAAAACAUUUUGAACCUAUUUGGGGAGAUCGUUCCCUAGUAACAGAUCCAUCUUCAUCUUCAACUGUUUUGAAUAGUUCCUUAUCCUCAAAUACUUCACGACCUCCCAUAAAAACCACGAUAAAGCUCAGACCAUCCACAACCAAUUUAACAAAACAAAGUAAGUCUUCAGCUCCCCCUCCUAUGAAACGAUUACGAACCGUAGGUGCUAUGACUCGUUCGUGUACGAGCAUGAAGGUUUCAGAGUUAGUUACUCCUGUUGAGAAUGUGAACAAUAAAAUACCGAUUCCUGACUUGUUGCCGAUCAAGCAAAUGAAACAAGUACAAAAGGAAGAAGCCCCAUUUAAGUCUGAAAGUACUAUUAUUAAUGUAGGUUUAGAAAUACCAACAGUUAGUGAUAAUAUUGUAGAACUUCAGGAAAAAUGUAUUGUUAAUAUAAGUGAUACUAUACUAGAGAAUAAUGAGGAGACAAUCAUUAUAUGUUCUUCAAAGCCUGAAAAGCGACAACGUUCACCGAGUUCUGAAUCAGAACAAAUUACAUCAAAACGUAAAACACCUAGCCCCCAAAUCCAGAACACUUUACCUGCUCCUGUACCAAUGGACAUUAGUGAGACAGAAAAGUUAUUUAUUGAAGAAAUUCAAGAGGUAGUUGGUGAGGAAGCCAGCGAUGAUGAUAAAGCAAGUGAAGUUGUAUCAGAAGCGCCAACUAUCGAAGAUGAUGCAGGAUAUGAUUAUGAAAAAGACAAGAUUUUAGAUGAGAAUAGUAGUAGUUCUAGCUGUAUUACAGCACACAACAUUGAAGAAAACUCCAGUAACGAAACUAUUGAAACUGUAGACUCCCUACAGCUUCAUGUUGAUUACAAAGAAGAUGUCAAUCAAACAGAUGAAACAUCUUCUACCACAACCACUACUGAUGUGAAAUCAGAACAAGAAGACCAAGAAGAAGAAGAAGAACAGGAAGAACCCGGGGAGCAAGAGGAAUCUAUGACAUCUACUCCAGAUAUGUUUCACAUGGCUCCCAUGGAGACCGAUCCUCUUCAAAUAACUGAAAGUGAUAAUACAGAGUCAAAUACAGAGGAAAAACACACCUAUAGCCUUGCAGUUGAAGAAAUUCAUGACCAUGAACCAGAGGUAGAGAAUGUUGUUGAAACUCAGACAGUUGAAGUCAAUGGAGACAUUGGUGAUAUACACGACAUUGUAGAACAGCCAUCUAAAGAAAUCAUUGGGGAGACUUUUCAGGUAUUACCCAAUACUUUAAUUCUGCAAGAAGAGUCCAUGGACAUGGACAAACCCUCGUGUUCUGAACCGUGCGAAGAUGGUAACUGUUUGGUAGGCUCUGCUGAAAAACUAGAAGGAAGUAUAGAAGAAUGUGAUAGGGUGAUAUCCCACUUCAGUGAAACAAGCUUUGAGAAUGAUAGAUUUCUCGAUGCCGAGAAUUAUGUUUUGGAAUCUGGGCAAAUUACGCCUUUGGAGAAAAUUGAAAAGGAUAGGUCAGAAGUUGAUAUUCAGGCUACUUUGUUUGACACUGCAGCUCCUGAAGAAUGGGGAAUGGUUGGUUCCACUACCGAAAAAUUACUUCAAGUGCCAGCGUUGCACAACCUGGAAACCAGUGUGUCUACUGUCAUCGAGAGCAGCGAGAACAAACUGGAAGAACAUGUACAGGUCAUUCCGAUGCAAGAGGAGUUGGAGGUUAAAUUAGAGCAAGGAAGAUUUCCAGUAGUGAUCAACGAUUGGCCUUAUGUUGAUAUGGAUUCUGAUAUGGUGGCGGCAGCUUUAGGAAAUACUGAUAGUGAGACGAGUAACAAGGAAUCAGAGAAACAGAGUACCAGUUACCCGGAAUACACGAGUAACCAGGUAAAACUAGAAUUGGAGGUCACUCUGACCCCAGAAAUUGUCAGCUCAGACAGCACAAUCACCAGCACUGUAAACACUAGCAGCAGUGGUUCAAACACUUCAUUAGUCACACCCUCUGUGAGCAAACCCAUCACUACAGUGAUACCUCCUACCACAAUCGUUUGUCUCCCUUCUUCUGCCACGACAGCAACCAUGAUGAAUUCUGUGGUGAACGAUGCAACCCAGUGUGCUGCAUUACCAAGACCUGGUAUGGUACAAAGCUCCAGCUCCUUACCUUUGUUAUCGUUGAGUACCAGUCAGCCUAUCAGAGCUUUGUCUGCUCACAGCAAAACAAAACCAAAGACUUCUCAAGGAUCAUCAGGAGGGAAUCGCAACAGAGGCAGUAAUAAGCCUCCUCCUGGUGCAGUGAAUCUCGAAAGGAGCUACCAGAUAUGUCAGGCUGUAAUUCAAAACAGUCCGAACAGGGACCAGCUGAGAUGUCAGCUAAAGCCGCCUCCAAGCUUGUUGGCUUCUGUUCAGGUUAACAACGGCAAAAAGACGGAGAGCAAUAGGCAAACCCAGUACAGUUCGGUGACAUCGUCCAGAGGUUCUAACAAACCGUUCACACCGCCUCUGCCAGCACCUGGGGGCUAUCAGAUGGUGCAGGGGGGCAAUGGAAUUAAAGGAAUUUCACAGAAGAACAGAACCAUUCCUUAUUCACACCAAAGACAGCCAAGUCCACCAGUAGUUGUAAGGCAUGUCUUUACUUCUGGGCAGGGCAUUCCAGUAACAAUGGCCGUUCUGCCACAAGCUCCGGCACUAAGUCCAGAGGUGGUAGAUGGCCAAAAUCAAGUAGGCACUGUGGGUCAAUACAUCCUGGUCCAAAGGGCGGGCAUUAAUGACCACCACAGUACUCCUCGUUCGUCCAGCGCACCCCCCUCUCAACAACAAAUGAGCAACGCCAUAAAUACUGGAAGCGGCAGCGUUCCCCAGAUAGUUUCAGUAGGCGCCAGAGGCCGCCCGGCUAGCGUAGAAGUCGACCAUCCAUCGCUGCAGAAUCAGCCCUGCAACGAUUUCGUAGUUCAAUGCCCCAACCCUGGCACGCAGGCGGUCACGAGGCGGCAACGACUACCUCCGGGGGUGGUGUAUGGCGACGUGAGCGUCGACAGUCCUUUGCACAACUAUACGAUAAUAGGAGAAAAUGUGAUGGUGGAUCAUCCCGCGGCAGCCAUGCAGAGUCAGAUGAUGCUGCAGAAGACCAGCAAGGCUGGCGACUCGUGCGCUUGCAGCUUGAAAGCUAUGGUGGUAUGCAAGAAAUGUGGAGCUUUCUGCCACGACGAUUGCAUAGGACCUAAUAAAUUGUGUCGUACUUGCUUUAUUCGGUAGGCUAUUUGUAAGUUGUUUUCUGGUUUUGCUUGCUGGUAGGCAAUGAUUUUGGCCGUUAUGGGGUGGGAAGGUUUGAUCUUAGAAAAAUAGUCUGUAGGGCAAAGAUUUCGAUUGUGGAUUUUGAAAAUUGUGAGCAACGGUUGCUUUUGAAAGUUUUUUAUUUAUAAGAAUUUAUCCUAUUCUAGCAAAAAUGGAACUGUUGAAUGUUAGUUUUUCAGACCUCCAGUGUCUAAAAAACAAGUUACUUCACGACAUAUCGUUUAUGGAUAUUGAUACUAACAAUCAAAACAUAGUGAAGUGAUUCCUUUUUUUUGACGACAGAAACAUUGCCAACAACUUCGAAAGAAACGUGAAGUUUUCAGUUGUACAAGUUGUGAAUAUUGUAAUAAUUAUUUAUCAGGUUUGUAAUGGAACCUUUACUCCGUUUUGUUUAUAAAGAAGCAUAUAAUUCCAUGCUGCAAAGCUACAAAACUAUAAUAUAAUAUUUAAUAUCCUUUAUUGCCAUAUAAAUCUACAAUGGACAGGGCAACUAUUGUUAGUAAAAUAUAAUUUGUCUUUAAGGAAUUCUUAUUCCUUCAUUUUUUCUAGGUUUUCAACCUUCUGAAGUAUUAAAAAUACAUGAAACUAGAUCAACAGAGAAUCUUUCGAAGUUUAAUGGAGGCUGAGAUGAAAAGUUUGUCCCAAAAAGGUACUGCUUAAUAUAAACCUUUGUGUCAAAUUAGUCAGUACCUUUUUUUUGAACUUUGUCUAUGAAUUAAACGAAUGUAUUGAAAAGUAAAUAUAUAUAUUUCCAACGUAGGCAUUUUCAACUAAUAAUUUUUUGUUUUGAGUCCGGAAAGGAAUUAUUUUCCUAAAUGUUAGCAAUUUGAAGAAAGCCAAAUAUAAAAAAAAAUUACCCGUUUCUUUUAUUAAUUAAACCGUUUAUAUUAUGCAGUAGCUUUUUGGGAUUAUCUUUUCCGUUUGCUCUUUAUUAUCUAGAUUUUAGAUUCAUUUAUUUUUUAGAUUGGGGAAGGUUUAAAACCUGAAAAGCAUCAAAGAACAUAAUUUGCCUCUUGAUAAUUUAGUCAUGUACAUUCAAUAAGUUCAGAAAAAGGUUUUAUUUUGAAUAGAAUAUUACAUAGUUAUGAUAAUCUGUUGGAAAACUCUUCUAGAUAUGAUGCAAUUUUUUUUCAAAAAAUCUCACUUCAACUCUUUCUUCUUCGCUUUCUCAAAUUUGAUUAUUUUCAUUACGCAUUCAAUAUUUAUUCAUUAUAACUGUAGAGGAAAAGGUGAAUUUCAAAAUUCAUUCAUAUAUUUCAAUUUUUUCAGAAAAGUGUAUGAGUCAUGUUUGAUAGUGAACAGUAAAAUUUUUUAUUGAUAUGCUCAUGACAUACAUAUAAUCUUAUUCUGGAGUAAUUUUCGAAAGGGAGUCUUGGGUUUGAAUUGUUGACAUGUCGUUUACUUGAAAACAUCUGAUAGUUAUUCAGGGUAGGUCAUUAUAAAUAUGUACAAUAACGAUUAUAAAAAUGCAUUCAUGAUAUUUCUCAAAUUAGUAAAUUCGAAGUGAACAAUGAGUGGUUAAAUAUUGAAGUCAUUGCUCUUGUUGUAACGAUUCAACAAUUCCAUUAUAUUAAAGAAUUUAAAGAAUGAUGGAAAGAAAUACUUAGAAUAUUUAUUUUUUAUUAAAACAAUACUGCUCGUAUUGACAAAUAGUCGUAGAAGUUACUGCUUAAAAAUCACUCAAAUUAGUAACAUUGACUCUCCUACAAAAAAAUGUCUUUGAAAAAAUACGAAUCCAUUGAAAUAAUACCUCAGUGAGGAUGACUUCAGAUGUUUUCAUUGCAAAACUUGUUUUAUUAUUUCGACUUACCUUGCUUGUAUAUACAUUUUGGUGUUUUAUAAAAAGAAAAUGAGAACAGUCCCAUUUCUAUACUUUAUAUAUGUUUUAUUUAUUCGAAAAAGUUCCCAUCACUGUCAUAAUCAUUGGUGUAAAAAUAUGUAAAUAUUAGUUUUAAUGGAAGUGAGGGCCUACCAGCAAAUAAAACUAUUACUCGUACUAUGGUAUUUGAAGAUGCAACUUGGUUGAUCGUGAUUUUGAAUAGUUUAAUAAAAUGUCUGAUGUGGAUCGAAAAUGACAAAUCCUAAUCUGAUGAAUUUCGACCAAAUCUCAGUGCCGUCAGUCUUUCAGUCUAGUUUAUACUUUGUAAUUUUGAAAUGUUUUCAACAUUUCACUACUUGUACGUUUUGAAAUAGAGCAUUAGCAGAACUGAAUAUUGAAAAUGAGUUUCAUAAAGGUUUUGUUUCUCUAUUGCUCCGAAGAAAUUGUGAGUCGGUUUGUUUGUCGUUUAGUUUGCCAUUUUCGACCCAUUUCAGACGAUGUAAGCUUUUUAAAAAAAUUACGUCAAAAUACUCGUUUAAUACAGGUUUUAUUUUUUUAUUUAUUCACGAUAUUUCGCGACAUAUCACUAGCAUUAUUCUUUUCACUUGUUUCACAACCUAUUUAUUUCUCAUCUGCUAGAAGUCUUCCAAGCAUUUUAUAUUAGAUGAAAAUUGGAUCUGCUUGAAAUUAUAAUUUCGUUUCGAUACUUUUUCACAAAUGUACUACCUCAGGUAAUUGUCGUAUACUUUUUCAUUUUUGCUAAAAGAUUUUACAGUUUUUCUAGUGUGCAAUAACGAGAUUUUUUCUAUCUAAGAUUACACAGCAGAUUUUAUACUGUUGAACUUUAUGUGAGGUCUGAGAUGACAAAUUUGGACGUUUCUAUGCCUCUACUGUUACUUGUGUUUGUACAUUCCCGUUUGAAAAAAUUAUUUGAAUAUUUCUAUCUGAUGUCUGGUUGCAUGAUUUUAUGAAUAAAAAAUAGUUGGGAUAGUAAAGAAACCUCUAAGUUGGGAAGUGUAUACAAUAAAUGGGCCAAUCACAAGUUUCGACUCUGCCAUUUUCUCAGAAUAUUUUUGAAAUAUUUAAAUAAAUUGAAGUAUACUAUUUGUUGCAACUUCUGAGUGGUGAAUUUGUGGGCAACGAAGUGACUUGUAGCAUUUUUCUGAACGGGGUAUAAUGGCCCCUGUGUUAUAUUUUUGAAGUACAAUUUUGUAGCAUUCUAUCGUUGGAAAAUUAUUGGAUAAAAUUCUUCAAACAAUCCAUUUAUUUUAUUCUCAAUGUGCUUAUGAAGUUAUACAUUUUACUAAUCAAAACGUGUCACACAGGAAGUUGAGAAUGCUUUAGCAUUCUCAACUUUCUGAAUUCACUCAGUCAACAAUUUGCUUUUCAGUGGCUUUGAAAGAGCCUUAUAUCAUUUCAUGUAAUGUACCUCAUGUUCACGGUAUUUUAAAGACACAGAGCUUGAAAACUGGGGUACGACUACAAUAAAAGGAAAAUUCACUUCAGUUGCCUCCCACUUUCAGCUUUGGUAGGUUUUCCAUAAUGAGUAAAUUUCAACAUGCAUAUAUUUAUCAAAUAUAUAUUCUUAAAAUAAUCAGGAGAAAAUAAACUUGGGCGGUAGUAAAUAUUUUUAAACGCUUGAUGGAAAAGUCAGUUGCUAGCAAAAUAUAGUAUACUUCAACCCACGACAUUUCUAUAUUUUCAAGUAUUUAAAACACAGCAUUUAAAUAUUUUCUAACAGGUAUCAGUUUUUUUUUGGGAUUCAAUUUCAAUUGGUUGGUUAAUGGGGGAUGGUUAUUUUUCAAUUUCUUUCAUCAGUUUGCUGUAAAUCAGUUCGAACUCGCCCCUAUGACUUUAACAUCUCUUCUGGUAUCAAUUAAGAAAAUUGGUGGUUCACACGGUGUUACAAACUGUAUUGAUCAAACCAAAAAUAUUUUUUGUAGCAUUUCCAGUUUUACGAAAAAUUAUGCCAACUUAGGUACCCAGUAUACUCUUUUUUAUAUUCAGUACUUCAUUUUACAUCAAAACAUCCCAUUAUGGUAGGAAAUUACUGUGAAGGCUUCAAUCACUGAAAAAUGUUUGAAUUGCCCCCUGAACUAUGUGGAAGUCAAAUCAGUUCUUCAUGUGAUCCCAUUUGAACUACCAAAUUUCCACUUUGAUACCGCGAAAAACAGUAGAGUUAUAGGGGCAAGCCUGAAUUGGUUUACAUAAACCUCAUGGAUAUCGAAAUUAAAAAAAAUACUUGGAAGGAAAGUAUUGCUUACCCAGUAAGUUGCAAACUUCCUGUUAAUCAGUAUGAAAACUGGUUAAAGAAAGUUCAAGUAGAAUCAAAUAUCUAAUGUAGAAAAUGCAUUAAAUGUGUAUGACGAACCAUUUUUUCUGUUCAACAUUCCUUCCAAAAAUCUCAUUUACUGAUUUUAUUUUUGUAAUGAUCUAAAUCCUAUAUCAUGACACAUAUUUUGAUGAACUUGUAACACGAGAGGUAGUAGAAUUGACGUUGUUUCCAAGACAUUCUCAUCCAAUUUGAUUUAUCCCUGAGUCAAACUUAUGCUUGUGAGCUUUUCUAGAAUAUAUUUCUAGAAUUUAGAAUAAGGAUGUGUAUAAUUAUUUUUCAUAUAAAUCUCAUGUAGAGUUAAGGUCUUUUGUGUACAGUUUUUUUUACUAUUUAGAUUUAUUAUUUAAGUUCAACUACUAGUUUUGUGUACAUACAUAGUAUCUUUCAUGCAAUGAUUUAAAAUAGACAGUACUUGUUGAAGAAGUGUGUGUGUUUCAUUCACUGGUCUUGUGGUUUUGUUUGUAACCUUCAAAAGUUUUUCCAACUUCAAUGUUUUCUGAUGCAGAAUAAAUAGGAUGAAACUCGA